AUUUCUCACGGACCCCCUGUAAUCCCGUAAUCUUACAUGUUAAGAUGUGCAUAAAAAUUUAGCUCCUUCCCUCCCAAUAUUUCUGAAUUUUUGUUAAAAAUGUCCAAAGAAAAUACACAAGUUCUAUUUUCAAAACGUCCUUUUGGUGCCUUUGACCCAAAAGAAACUUUUACUAUUGUAAAAAAUCCAAUACCUACUCUGGCUGAUUUAAAAGAUGGACAACUAUUAGUUAAAGCUUAUUACCUUUCAUUGGAUCCAGCCAUGCGCGGAUGGAUGAAUGCUACUAGAAGCUAUAUAAGACCAGUAGAAAUAAACGAAAUUAUGCGCGGUCAAAUUGUUGGAGAGGUCGUCUUAUCUAAAAACCCUAAAUUUAAAGUCGGCGAUAAAGUUCAAGGGUUUUUAGGAUGGCAAGAAUAUGCUUUAACCAAUGGUCAAGAUAUUGAAAAAAUCACUCCACCACCUGGUGCAUCACUUCGUGAUUACGUUGGAAUUUUUGGUGGAACUGGCAUGACCGCUUACUUCGGUUUACUUGACGUUGGUAAACCAAAGCCAGGGGAUACAGUUGUCGUUUCCGGGGCAGCAGGAGCAACAGGUAGUACGGUAGGUCAAAUCGCAAAAAUAAAGGGGGCACGCGUAAUUGGAAUUGCGGGUUCCGAAGAAAAAUGUAAUUGGUUAGUGAAUGAUUUGGGAUUUGAUAUAGCAUUAAAUUAUCGUGAUCCAGAGUUUGCAAGUAAACUAGCCAAAGCUACACCACAAUAUAUUGAUAUUUAUUUUGAUAAUGUUGGUGGUGAUAUAUUGGAUCAUUGUUUAAAAAGAAUUGCCAAAAACGGUAGAAUUGUAUUAUGUGGUGCUAUUAGUCAAUAUAAUGAAAAACAACCUAAAGGUCCUGCUUUUUAUACUGCUCUCAUUACCCAACGUGCUAAAAUGGAAGGUUUUAUUAUUUUUGAUUACGCUCAAAAAUUCCCUAUAGCAAUUAAAGAUAUGGCAAAAUGGUUACAAGAAGGAAAAAUCAAAAGAAAAGAAUAUAUUAUUGAUGGAUUAGAAAAUGCUCCAAAUGGUUUAUUGAAAUUAUUUAAUGGUUAUAAUACUGGUAAAAUGUUGGUCAAAGUUAAUGAUGAAAAUGUAAAAAGUAAACUUUGAUUUCUUAAUGUAUGAAUUUUUGAUGUAUUUAUUAAAACUUAAAGGAAUAUAUUUUAUUUAAAGUCUAUAUUUUUAAAAAUCUAUUUGAUUUCCAUACAUGAUACUUAAUAUUUCUUCAGUAAAAUUAUGAAACAUUUCAUCAUUCUUUCUUCCAUUAUUCAACAUCU